AUGGUGUCCCAGCUGAGCACCCUGCAACGGGAGCUCCUGGGUGCCCUGCUCAGCUCCGGAGUCACCAAAGAAGGGCUGAUCCGAGCCUUAGAGGACAUGGUGCCCACGGCUGGGUUCGGGGUGAAGCUGGAGAACCUGCCGCUCUCCCCCGGAGGGCAGCCCGACGGCAAAGCCACCUUCCCGCCGCUGGCCAACGGGCACGGCAAGGGCAAACUCUCCGGCGACGAGGGCUCGGAGGACGGUGACGACUUCGACACGCCGCAAAUCCUCCGGGAGCUGCAGGCGCUCAACACCGAAGAGGCCGUGGAGCAGCGGGCCGAGGUGGACAGGAUGAUCAGCGAAGACCCGUGGCGGGCGGCGAAGAUGAUCAAGGGGUACAUGCAGCAGCACAACAUUCCCCAGCGGGAGGUGGUGGAUGUCACCGGCCUCAACCAGUCACACCUCUCCCAGCACCUCAACAAGGGCACCCCCAUGAAGACGCAGAAGAGAGCUGCUCUCUACACGUGGUACGUCCGCAAGCAGCGGGAGAUCCUCCGGCAGUUCAACCAGACAGUCCAGGGUUGUGGAAAUAUGACAGACAAAGGCAGUCAGGAUCAGCUGCUGUUUCUCUUUCCAGAGUUCAAUCAGCAGAACCAAGGGGCUGCCCAGCUCGACGACGCCUGCUCCGAAACGCCCAGCAAGAAGAUGCGGCGCAAUCGGUUCAAGUGGGGGCCUGCCUCCCAGCAAAUCUUGUACCAAGCCUACGACCGACAGAAGAACCCCAGCAAAGAGGAGCGUGAGGCGCUGGUGGAGGAGUGCAACAGGGCCGAGUGUCUGCAGCGAGGAGUGUCCCCCUCCAAGGCUCACGGGCUGGGCUCCAACCUGGUGACCGAGGUCCGCGUCUACAACUGGUUUGCCAACCGGCGCAAGGAGGAAGCCUUCCGCCAGAAGCUGGCCAUGGACGCCUACAACUCAGGCCAGCCCCCACACACCAUGAACCUGCUGCUCUCCCACGGCUCCCCCCACCACAACCAGCCCAGCACCUCACCUCCCAGCAAGAUGCCAGGGGUCCGGUACAGCCAGGCAGCGAGCGGCGAGGCGGCGUCCUCGGGGGCCAUCAGCCACCACGGCAGCGCCGCCAUGGUCACCACCAGCCAGGCUGUCCUGCAGCAGGUCUCCCCGGGCGGCUUGGACCCGGGCCACGGUUUGCUGUCUGCGGAGGGGAAGAUGAUCUCCGUUUCGGGGGGUGGGCUGCCCCCGGUCAGCACCCUGACCAACAUCCACAGUUUGUCCCACCACAACCCGCAGCAGUCGCAGAACCUCAUCAUGACGCCGCUGUCGGGAGUCAUGGCCAUCGCGCAGAGUCUGAACACCUCGCAGGCGCAGAGCGUUCCUGUCAUCAACAGCGUGGCAGGCAGCCUGGCAGCGCUGCAGCCGGUACAGUUCCCGCAGCAGCUCCACAGCCCGCACCAGCAGCCGCUGAUGCAGCAGUCCCCCAGCCACAUGGCGCAGCAGCCCUUCAUGGCCACCGUCACCCAGCUGCAGAACUCACACAUGUACGCACACAAGCAGGAGCCUCCCCAGUAUUCGCACACCUCGCGCUUCCCCUCAGCCAUGGUGGUGACGGACACCAGCAGCAUCAGCACGCUGACCAAUAUGUCUUCCAGUAAACAGUGUCCCCUGCAAGCCUGGUGAUGCUCCACACCUCGCUGCUUUUGCACAUAGCAACGGGAUCUUAUUUUCCACAACCUCCCGCCGGUCACCCGCGCCGAGCCCGGGAGUCGCCAGCGCAGCGCCGCGGCCAGGAGCGCAGCAACCCGAAACGCCGCCGGGGCUGCUCCCGCACCCGCGGGGUGCCCACCCAGGACCCUGCCUCUCCUUCCUUUCACGCAGUAUUUCCAAGACGUGUCUUGGGGACUCGGUUUCUGAAGUAUUUGCCUUCCCAGAGGCCGCUGGCUCUGCCGAGGGAGCAGGAACAAAGCUGCACUGGGAGCUGGUGGAAGGGCGAGAUGGACACUGACGUUCUGCUCCUCCACCCGAAGGGCUGAGAGGGACUUGGGUCUGUUACUUGGUGUCUGGAAGGAGGAAUUGCAUUGUGCUGUUGAACUGAGCCAGUUGAAGUGUAAAUAUAGGUACAGUCUGCUCCAUCCUUCCCCACUCCUCUACACAGAUUUCUAUACAGAGCAGUGAAUUUUGUCCAAUGGAUGUAAAGUGCUGUAAUUAAGUGCAAUUCCCUGUCUGUAUAUAUUGCUCCUGAGUCUCUUCUCCCUCCUCCUUUGUUGUAUGUUUUGGUAAAGGUCAGAGCUGAGGAUGGGUUUGGUUUUGUAUUUCUCCUCUUCCUUUAAAUGAGAUCGUUCAAAGAGCUGGGUCCAGGCAAGGAUGCUGGCCAGGCAGCCCUGAGCUCUGCUGGGCAGGAAAGGCAGACAUGUCCUCUGCAUGGUGCCGUCCCACGUGAAGGAGGGGGCAUGGGACGAGAGGAGAGGAGCCCCAGCAGGGCAUGGACGAUAUGCACAGAGGUCUCAAGGGACUCCUCUUCUUUUGAGGGCUCUGAGAUGGACUCUGGUAGCAUUGAGGAAGCUCUCAGCAGCCUGGUCAGUACCUCCAAACCUUGAGGAGGUGCUCAGCAUCGGCAGUUUUCAGGUGAGCCUGCAGCAUUUGCUGCUACAGAGAGGAAUGAGGCUGCAAGAAAUUCCAUUGGGAUCAUCCUCAAAUGGGUUCAGAGACUGUCUCACUUUUCUCCCCAUCUUGGGGUGCAGAAGAAACUGGGACCCAGUUACUGCCUUGCCUGCUGCCCAGUGAAGGGGCAGUACAGGUGGCUUACUCCCAUCACUAGCAGGCUGAUGAUGAGCCAUGUCGGCUGCACCCUCCCCAGUGAACAUGGAGCUCUGGGCCUCGUGUCACCACCAGGCUGCAGCUGGACGAUGGACGCUGGGCUGAGAGGUCAGCACGACAGUGACAGUCCCCACCAGCUGCCUGCCUUGGCUCCCCUGGCAGUGGAGGAAAAGCUUCACAAGACCUCCACCUUGUGAAUGGGCUCACCUCUGUAGUGAGGACACAUCCCAGCUGACACUUGCUGAGGACAUUGGGCUCCACACCCUCCAGAACCCUGAAGGGCUUCAGGUGCCCAGGUCCUACCUCCCAGAGCCAUUGAAGCUGUAAAAGGCUUCACCACCUCUCCAUGAGACACAAGCUUCUCCAUACCUGUGUCCCUUCAGAAAUGGAUCUACUCCUCCUCAGCUGUCCAGAUCUCGAACUCUGCAGCGUGUGCCAGCUGCUGAAAGUGAGUUACAGAGCUGGAGAGCAGCAGAGGUGCCCAUGGACAGAUCAUCGCUGCUAGAAAGAAAAACACUGGAUGGUUUCUGUGCUCUGUUUGUACAAUGUCAGGAACCUUUCUGGGGCUGGUAGGAGCUGCCCUGUGGUGAAUAAGCCAGCAGGAUUUGGAUACCAAUCUUCAAAAUGAGAGUUAAUUUAAUGUAUACCAUAAUUAAACACCCCUUCUUCUAGA